CUCCUCCUUCCCUCCCUCUCCUCUCCUUCUUCUUCCCUCCCUCUUCCCUACCUCUCUCUCUCUCUCUCCCUGAAGAGUGAAAGCAGGAGCUUUUCGUGCCUCGUUGUCUCUCUCUGUAAGCGGUGUGAGCAAGAAAACUGUGCUUCUUCUGCAUCUCUCUUUCUCUAAGCAGAAGUCUCCUUUUGCCGUCUCUCUCUAUCUUUUUUCUCUGGCCGGGGAGGAAGGAGACGCGGAGGCCGGGCGGAGAAAGGAAGGAGAGGUAGAGGAGGGCGAAGAAGAGGCGGGGGUGAAUCAUACUUCCGCGAGACGGCCUGAGACUCGACUCGGGCGGGCUGAUUGCGGAUCGUUAUCAGGAACCGGUUCUCUGUUCUUGUGUAGGUCUUUGCAGCGGGUUCUUUCCGGUGAGAUCUCGGGGGAAUGAGGGAAAGCUGAACCGGGAGGCGGAGGCAUAUCGAACUGUUUUGUGUGAGAAGACUGUCGUAUUACUCUUUUGGUUAGCACACUAGACCUAACUUUGCUUAAUGGGCAUCACGGAAGGUGGGACCCCAACAAGGUCCGAGAAAGCAUCUUCUCCUGCACAGGAACAUUCUGCUAUACCUGCUUAUCCUGAUUGGACAGCUUUUCAGGCAUAUUACCCAGGAGUUGGCAUGCCACCCCCUUAUUUUGGAUCUGCUGUUGCAUCCGGUCAUCCCCCUCAUCCAUACCUAUGGGGACCGCAGCCUCUUCUCCCACCUUAUGGAUCACCAGCAUAUGCGGCACUGUAUUCUCAUGGAGGGAUGUAUGCUCAUCAUCCUUCAAUGGCUCUGGGUGCACAUCCACAUGGCCAUGUUGUUUCAACACCUGCAACAAAUGAAGCUACGGGUGCUAGCACAGAAACACCUAGUAAAUCAUCCAACAGUAAGGAUCAAGGCUUGGUGAAAAAACUGAAAGGGUUUGGAGGACUUGCUGUUUCAAUUGGCAACGGAAAUGUUGAUGCAUCAGGUGGCCAGACACACGGACAAUCACAGAGCAGUGGGGAUAGUGGCUCAGAAGGCUCCAGUGAGGGAAGCGACGGAAAUACGGGUGGGAGGAAAAGGAUCGCUGAGGAAUUAACACUUAACGGGAAAACCAGCAACGGUGAUUCUAAGGCGAAUGGAGAGUCGCACACCUCUACCAGUAGACCUUUAGCAGUUGCUGCAACCCCACCUGCAAGCAAGACAGCGGAGUGUGUGUCCGUAUCUGGCAUGACUCCAGGAAUGGAAUUCAGAAACCUCACCUCGCCAAAAUCAAAGGCUGGAACUGCAGCCCCUGGUCUUCAGGCAGCAGGUGUCAUGGUUCCUGCCCGUGAGGGCUUGCCCUCUGAACUCUGGCUGCAGGAUGAGCGUGAAUUGAAGCGAGAAAGGAGGAAACAGUCUAACCGUGAGUCUGCAAGGCGGUCAAGGUUGAGGAAACAGGCGGAGACCGAGGAGCUAGCAAUGAAAGUGGAGUCACUCAAUAGUGAGAACCUGGAUCUUAGAGAGGAACUAAAUCGUUUGAGGGAAAAAUCUGAGAAAUUGAAGCAAGAGAACUCGUCUCUAAUGGAGAAGGUCAAGAAGGCACAAAUGGAACGUGCAGGAGGUGUUUCCCUGGAUAAGGUUGAAGCUCAGCCUGCGGGCGUCGAGAAUUUCCUGUCCAGGAUGAGUAAUGCCAGCCAGGUGAAUCGCAGUGGGCAGCGGGAUGAUGAGGGCCAUGAGAACACCGGCAAGCUCCACCAGCUGCUGGAAUCAAACUCGCGUACUGAUGCUGUGGCCGCCGGAUGAAGCCUAACAAGGCCUUCUGGUCGCCCCAUUUGAUCUUCUGGUAAUUUUGGCAAAAUUUCUUCUCGCCUGAAAUUAUCAAAUCUAACGGUAACUAGGAAAUAGUCGAAGCACAUACAGAAACGGAUCAGAUAUUUCAUCUGAGCAUCUGGGCUCUCUUGUGAAGGGAGGAACAAGGUGGAGGUCUUUUCUUCCUUUUCUUUUUUUUAAUAGACGAACAAAGGACUAAUUUUUGACUCAGUUCUUUGAUCUUUUUUUAAGGGUUGGAUAAUAGGUUAUCGGGUCUCCUUGCUUGUUGAGACUCGGUUCCUUCUGUAUAUCUGAGAUAUUUCAAAGGGAAGCCUUAUGUAUUUUAGUUA